UUUUUUCCCCAGAUUUACACGGUACUUCUUCUCCUUCGAGUCGCCUGACAAAUCUACGAAUGGAUUUAAAUACCGCUCUAUAAGAAGGAGGGAAUGCAGGCCUCGAGAAGACAUUGUUGCGCCUUACCCUCCUCGCAGACAUCUGAAGAAGGGAUAGAUACACCAUGACCACAAACCCAACAAGCAGCGGCGAGCGGUUCUCCGCCGCAGCCCAUGAAACUGACGGUAAACACCACAUCCUCCUGUCCGCAAGCGGAUCUGUAGCAGCAAUCAAGAUCCCCCUAAUAGCCAAAUCCCUCGGAUCCCACCCGAAUGUGUCCAUCCGCAUCGUCUUGACAGAAGCCGCCGAGCAGUUCCUGCAAGGCCAAUCGGCCGAACAACCCCCGCUACGCUCACUCCUGGACUAUCCCGGCGUGGACGGUGUAUACCAUGAAGAGGACGAGUGGUCGAAACCGUGGGUGCGAGGCGACAAGAUCUUACACAUUGAAUUGAGGCGGUGGGCGCACGUCCUGAUCGUGGCGCCCCUCUCGGCCAACACCAUGGCGAAAAUCGUCAACGGCAUCAGUGACGGUCUGCUCCUGAAUGUCAUCCGGGCAUGGGACACGACGGGCCUGAUCGACAUGCGCAGGAAGAGGAUAUUUGUGGCGCCGGCCAUGAAUACUGCCAUGUGGCGCCACCCGAUCACCAGGAAGCAUAUCCAAGUGCUGGAGGAGGACUGGGGCGCUGAUAAGGACGGGUGGUUCACGAUCCUGCGACCUACGGAAAAGGAGUUGGCCUGCGGCGAUACGGGCGACGGUGCUAUGAUGGACUGGAGGCAGAUCGUGAGUUACAUUGACGAGCACCUGGCACUCGGUAUUCAGGAUUUUUACGAGGCCAACGGCCAGUGACGACCGGCAUGCUAUCAUGCGCCACUGAAGGUCUGAGUCGUGGAUCGAGACUCCUCUUGAGUCUUCCGAUGAAGAUAGUCUCCGAGCAAGCCGAGAGAGAUGACCCCGCCGGUGAUCCAGGCACCGUUUCUAAACCACCACCAACAAUCUCUGACAUCCUUCAAAUUCACCCGCCGGACCAUGGUUGCCAAAGCCAGUGCACCGCCACCACAACUCCCGAUGAAAAAGACUGGUCCUGCUCCAGCAAAAUACCCGGCGGCCGCGAGAAGUCCAAUCUGAGCAGCAGAGAAGACAGACAGGGCGGUCUUUGAAUUGUGCUCGUGUGCUUGAGCGAUUGACUUGAUGCCCACUUUGACGUCGUCCUUGAUGUCCAUGUAGGCAUAGAUCAUGUCAUAAUUGAGGGUCCACGCCACACAGCUGGAAUACAGUGCCGCGGCAGCUGCAAGUGCACCAGGGUUCGAGAUAAGGUCGAUGCCUAGGGCGGGAAAGCCCAUGAUGGCGCCCCAUGAAAAGGUCAACCCGAGAACAAACUGCGGGUAAUGUGUAACUCGCUUCGCCAGAGGAUAUACCGUGACCAGAAGCAGGCUUGGAACUCCAUAGUAGAGACAAGGUAGGGGAAAUUGUAAGAGCAGAGUCAACCCAGUAAGAAGCUGUGCGCCUAGAUAUACAAUUGCAUUUUCAACAGA